AGCACCACAACUGAGGCCACCACUACCUCAACAACGGAAACGACUACAACUACAACAAGUACUCCAGAGACGACUUCGACAACUUCUACAAGCACCACCACGCCUUCAACGACAACCACCACUCAGGUUCCAUCUACAACAACUGAAAGUAGCACAACAUCAACAAGUACACAACCCCCAACGAGUACAAGCACCACAACUGAGGCCACCACUACCUCAACAACGGAAACGACUACAACUACAACAAGUACUCCAGAGACGACUUCGACAAGUACGUCUACAACCACAGCUUUGCCAACGAGCACAAGCACAACUGAAGCCCCAACUACUUCAUCAACAACACUGAGCAGCACUGCAAGUACAAGUACGGAGAGUAGCAGCACUUCUACUAAAAGUACAACAGCUUAUACAAGCACCACCACGCCUUCAACGACAACCACCACUCAGGUUCCAUCUACAACAACUGAAAGUAGCACAACAUCAACAAGUACACAACCCCCAACGAGUACAAGCACCACAACUGAGGCCACCACUACCUCAACAACGGAAACGACUACAACUACAACAAGUACUCCAGAGACGACUUCGACA